AUGCGGACCAUUUUCUCAAUUAUACCUUUGCUGACCUCUACUGUCGCAGCUGUUGCAAUUCCCAGCGCAGGCAAAGCAACAGUCACAGCGGCGGCAUCUGGCAACCCUUUCUCCGGAUACCAACUCUACGUCAACCCAUACAAUGCCUCAGAGGUGUCUGCCUCGGCCCUGCCAACCAUGACGGGCACAGCGAGCAAAGCCGCAGAAGUGCCGUCCUUCUACUGGCUAGAUACCGCCUACAAAGUGUCGACGAUGGGCGAUUAUCUUUGUGAUAUCCAGGCGCAAAACGCUGCCGGUGCUGACCCGCUUGUCAAAUACUCUGACGUGCAUACAAUCCUGGUUGUUGAGCCCGACAGCCUGGCCAACCUCGUCACCAACCUGGCUGUCUCGAAAUGCGCCAACGCGCAUGAUGCCUACCUGGAGUGCACCAACUAUGCCGUGACACAGUUGAACCUGGAGAAUGUCGCCAUGUAUCUUGACGCAGGGAGGUUGCUGCCAUUCCUGGUCUUUCUCUUCAACGGCAACGAGGCAGCCCAGCUCUAUGCUGACGUUUACAAAAACGCCUCGCAGCCGGCUUCCCUGCGAGGUCUGGCGACCAACGUCGCUAACUACAACGGGUGGUCUCUAAGCAGUUGUCCGUCGUACACCUCGGGUAACUCCAAUUGCGACGAGAAGAGAUUCGUCAACGCAUUUGCUCCUUUGUUGCGGAACGCUGGCUGGGAUGCGCACUUCAUUACUGACACAGGCCGAAAUGGUGUUCAGUCUACCCAGCAAAAUGCUUGGGGUGACUGGUGUAAUGUCAAGGGUACUGGAGUCAGCGUGCGUCCUACCACCGACACUGGCGAUGACCUCCAGAAGGCAUUUGUCUGGGCCAAGCCCGGUGGUGAGAGUGAUGGGACCUCGGAUACUAGUGCCACUCGGUAUGAUGCCCACUGUGGAUAUAGCUAUGUGAUUCAGCCUGCACCAGAGGCCGGGAAUUGGGUCCAGGCAUACUUCGAGCAACUUGUUGUGAAUGCCAAUCCCUCAUUCUAA